AUGGCCUUCUUGGGUUCCCCUCCGCAGACCUACUGGCCAUCCCAGUUUGUCACCGAUCCUGCUUUCGAUCCGGAACUAGUAACUGACCCUUCCGCCAUACACGACUCCCAGCAAACUUCCUUAGCUCACGCCAUCCAACCUACCGACAAUGCUCACCAUAUCCUCGAUCCUGCUCUCUCCGACGAGAUGCCCCCCCAGGGUCAUACUCCGAUCAUCUUCCACCAAACAUCCCCCCAUUCCUACGCUCCUCCUCCUCCGUUUGAGACCGGUCUACCUCCUCCACCUCCCGAUCAACUAUACUCGCCCGGUCGCAUGAGACCUCCAUCCGCCAAGGAGAUGCAAAGCCAACAUAGCGGCGAAGUAGUCAUGGAUGACGGUCACGGAGCUGCCUACAUCGCGCCGGCUCAACAUCCAUUCCUAGGAAACGGCAUGCACCAUCCCGAUAUGCACCAACCUUUAGGACAACCCCCACAGAUCAAAUUCAGAGCUACUCCCAAUAACCCUUCGGGCGGUGGAGGCCACGGUCGGCGUCCCAAGAUGACAAAGGAAGAACAGAUGGCCAGACGGAGGCUGAGAACCGACACUGACGAGUAUCGUACCCAAGAACGCGAACGAAUGAGACGGCGACGUGCACGAGAGAAAGAAGAACGGGAGAGACAGAAGAGGGAACAGGAGGAACAAUUACGGGCUGAGGGUAAGGAAAGCUGGAUCGCUCCCGCUACCACCACUACACCGAAGCGAAAGACCGUCAAGAUGGUGAAGAAGAAGGCACCUGUUGCGGCGAAUAGCGGACUGGAUGCCACGAUUGAAGAAGACGAUUCACGAGAAGCGAAACGACAGGCCAAGGUUGAUAAUAGGGCAAUUUCUCACGAAGACGAAGAUGAAGACGAAGACGCUCUGGAAGCUAUGGAGGAUGAAGGAGAUGAAGAUGAUGAAGAUGAUGAUGAAGAAGGGGCCUUCCAGGAGCCGAAAGGGGAUGGUGAUGAUACUCUUGGGGAACAAACACUGACGGAAGAGCAAAUCGAAGAAGCUGCUGCCGCCGCUGCCGCCGAUCAUCAAGACGAAGAGGCCGGAGAUGAUGCCGCCGCCGCCGCCGUUGAGGGAGCUGUAGGGGACGAAGAUCCUGCCGAUAAGAAUGAGACGGGGAUCCGAACUUCAGCUCGACGAGCUGCUCUAUCCAAGACAACCGGAACACCAACUUCGAACCGAGCUGCCCGAGCUGGUUCUACCAAGGCCACAUCCGCUAAAGCUACAGCUCGUCCAGCGCGAGGUCGUGCGGCGGAACCGGAGAAGGUUAUUCAAGAGGUCACCACUACUAGGUCCGGAAGAACUACACGUAGCGCUCUAAGUACUCCGAAGACUGUGGAGAAGAAAGAUUCUCCGACCCCUCAGGCGGCACCGGCGGCACCCGUCCCGCUCAAGAUCACCACGCGAAAGCAAACAGUAACUACUCCGGCGAGUCCGUCGUCGCCAGCGAUCAGCAAAACUCGUGUUUCGCUGAAAUCUCUCUCGACUACUACUUCGGCACCCGUCCCGCCCCCUACCGACGCCAAGUCGCCGAGUUCGAUUCGCCCACCGAGUGACUCUAAAUCCGCGGUUGCUCCGGUCGUGAUGUUAUUUGGUUACCCCGCCGGUGUUAACCCGCCUUGUGAGGUAUCCUCGGUCUCUGUCACUGUGGAAAGCACUAAGACCGGUAAAAUAUGUAUGAUGACUGCCGGUGAUAUGCGACGACCUGCAACGCCGCCUGUGGAGGGUGAAGAAGGUGGUGAUGUUGCAGUUGUUGCAGUUGUCGGUGGGAGUGGUGAUGAUGAUGAUGACGACGGUGGUGAAAAGAUGGAAAUAGAUGAGAUCAAAGAAGUGGAGAGUACUAGUAAGGAGGAGACUGAAGAAAAGCCUGCAAUGGAAUUGGAUGCUAACGGCGAAUCACGAAAGUCGAGUUCUCCGGAUAAUGCUACGAACGGGAGGUUUAGCUGGGACUUGGUGGUUCAAAUGUUGAAGGCCGAUAUUGCGUUCGAUCCGUCGAAGGACGAGCUUGUUGGAUUUCAUCAUAAGGACCCGUUGUUGCUAAGCUGUGACCGACAUCUUAAUACGGCAAUGGUCAUGGCAGCUAAGGAAGGGGUUAGGAUGCCGAAGUGGUACGUUUAUGAGAAGCAACAGUGA